AUGCUAGACACUGGAAUCGUUCUCACAGCUACAGUUAGACUCACAUCGAAAAAAACAGAAGAGAGGACAGUGAAGCAUAUAAGCGCGGAAGAAAGAAUCCGGCGGGGAACGCGCACAUUCAGAUCGUGCAGGGUCCAAACGGCGAUACAGGAGGAAAGGGCCACGCCUGCUAAUAGGGCCAAGACCAUCGACCACCCUAGGCAAGGAGCCUUCAGCUACGCAGAGGCGGCCAAGGCUAAGGUACAGACGAGGACCCCGCCGUCGCAUACCACACCCGUGGCCACCGCUAUUGCGACGGCCAGCGGAGGAAGAAAGAGAACCAAAACACAAGCGGUAGGGCAAAUCCCCGAGCAAGAAGGAAGUAAGAAGGGACAGCGAAGGGGAUUCGCGGUAAUGGUCAGGGUCGAGGGGGAGGGGUACGAAAGAACCCUGGAGAGAAUCAAAAGGGACGUUCCACCACCGGAAGGCGGGGGCCUGCGGAGCAUCAGAAGGAGUAGGGACGGGUCCCUCCUGAUGGUAUGCGAGGAGAUGCCAACGGCCAAGAAAAUGGCGGACUUGGUGGCCACAAAGCUAGGAGAGGGGGCCGACGUCAAGAUACUGGGCGACAGGGUAAUAAUCAAGAUUCGCGGGCUGGACGCACUAGUGCAGGCGGAAGACAUCCGAACCGCACUCAUCAAUGAGAUACCCACGGAAAAGGACGACAGCGACCAGAUAGAAGUUAUAAGGAUUAUCACCUACCCGUGGAAUGAGAAAGCCGCCAUCGUGAAAAUCAGUCGGCGCACCUUACAGGCCUUGAAUGGGAGAGCCAACAUGAGAAUAGGCUGGACCAUGGCCAGAAUCAUUGUAGGCCCGCAAGGGGUACGAUGCCGUAACUGCAAUAGAUACGGGCACAAGGAGGAGGUGUGCCGUGGCCCUGGAGGGCAGGGACAGCGCGGAAACCUGGCAAAAGGGACAGAGCGCAAUAGGAUCCCACAGGGAAUUUCCCCGCGGGGGACGUGCCAAGAGGUCGCGGAGUUUGACAGUCUGGUAGAGCAGGGGACCACCCCAGUGUCGAAUAGUACCAGGAACGAGGUGUCCCCAACCGGCACCGGGCUGCAACAACAACAACCCGGAACAGAAAAUGGCGGCAGAGGCUUGGGCAGGUGGUAUAGUAGUAAUGACGGGAAAGCCAGCGUCGUUAUUAUAAAUAAAAACCUGUCCGCAAAAAAGCUGGUGGCGGGCAGGGCAUAUGUGGUGGUCGAAGUAGACAGAAUAGUAAUUGUAAGCUGUUACCUCGCACCAAAUGAAAAAUGGAGGGAUUACGGAAGACAGGUGGCCGAAAUAGAAGACACACUGCGAGCCAUACUUCACGAGGGUCCGACCAAUAGAAAGAGACGUGGGGUCAUCCUGGCUGGAGACCUGAACUCCAAAUCAAGGGUAUGGACUGACAGGACCGACCGGUGA